AAUACCGAACUUUUUAUUUUUAACGAAAGAUCUUAUAUCAAUUGAACAUUCGACGACUUAUCUCGACGUUCCUAAUUUUGUUGAUAUUUCAUGAAUCAUGUGAACUUUUCUUAGAAAAAGUUAAGUGAAAUAUUUAGUUGUUCUCACGUUUUUUUGCAUUGUAACACAUAUAUUCCUUUUGAAUACACUUCCUAUUGCGAUUUUAGAUAGACCAUUAUGGCGGAGAAUAUCGACAAGCAAGACGAUUAUGAUUACUUAUACAAAUUGGUUCUCAUCGGUGAUGAAUGUGUCGGAAAAGUGAAUAGCACAAAAUUUUAUUUACAUCUUCGAAUAUUACUGGACAAAUGAUUUUUGUUUUAGACUAAUCUUCUGCGACGUUUUACUCGUAAUGAAUUUUCCUUCGACAUUCCAGCAACGAUUGGGGUGGAAUUUAGUACAAGGCAAUUUGUCAUCGAUGACAAAGUCAUCAAGAUGCAAUUAUGGGUAGGUUUACUUGUGUCCAUCACUUUAAUAUUAUUGCUGUGCUCUAGGAUACAACAGGACGAGAACGUUAUAUAGCGAUCACGCGUGCAUAUUAUCGUGGCAGCGCAGGUUUUUUGGUGAUCUUCGAUUUGACUAAUCGUAAAUCAUUCAAUAAUGUUGGUCAAUGGAUCAAUGAAGCUCAAAAAUUUGCACCUGCUAAUUUGCCUAUCAUUUUGGUCGGUAAUAAAUCCGAUUUAAUAGCUCAACGCCAAGUAACGUUCGAACAAGCUACUGCACUUGCUAAACAACUCAAUCUACCCUACAUGGAAACGUCAGCAUUGAGUUCGUCUAACGUCGAACAAGUAUUCAUUUCUCUUGCCACUGGUAUUUUACAUAAGAAAACACUUCAAUCAAUAGAUACGUCGUCAUCAGAAAUUAUUCCCAGAACUUCCCAAACUAUGUGCCACACCUGUGCUCCAAAACGAAUGGUGGCGAUCACCUCAUGUCACGGAUGUGCUCUCAAUUUUUGUCAUAAACAUUUUGAUGAGCAUCGAGAAAAACUUGCCCACGAUUUUGACAAUGUCAUUAAUCAACACGAUGGAAUUCUACAUAGUUUUCAAGCAAAUAUGUAUCAUUCAUUAAAUCCACUUGAUAAUGAUAAUGCACAAGCUCUAUUAAAACAGAUAGAUGAAUGGCAGGCAAAAGCAAUUGAGGCCUGUUACCGAGUAGCUGACAACGCUCGAGCGAAAGUCGAAAAACUGUUGAAGAAAAUUAAAACAAAUGAUCAUAUUAAAAAACGAGUCGAUGAAUUAAGCAAGGAGCUAAAAGAACAACAGGGUUUAGAGAACUUUGUUGAAACUGAUCUUAAAAAAUGGAAAAAACAAUUGGAAGAGCUUGAAAAAGAUAUUUCUCAAUUUCCUGAAAUGUCUCGAAACGUUACCAUUGAAAUGCAAAUGAUUAAUUGGGAGAAUAUGAUCAGAAUUUCCUAUAUUUCAAAUCCUGAAGAGACUAUUGAUAAUCAACUGGCCUCGAUGAAUACAAGAGACGCUAGUUUGUACAAAGCCUUGCUGUUUAAAACUUUACUGUAUUCUUGUCAUUUAGAUAAAACAAUCGACGGACCUUUUUCUCGUCUAACAAGUUUUCUCACCAAGAACAAAAAGAAAGACACAAUCUCUGAAGAAUGA